AUGUACAGAUGUCGAUACUUUAUGAGCGAUGUUGCUUCUCGCCGCCGGAACGAAGUGAAAUUCUACAAAGUAGGGCAUGAUCGAGUAAAUUUGAUGACUAUUCCGGGAUUGUGGACGCACAGGGGUUCUUCCCUAGAUCCUCACCACCAAAAACCAAGCCUAUUUUUCGACCUGCUAUGUAUUCGGUUACAUUUUAAGCAAGCGAGUGCUACCUUCAAGAUCCACUGGUAUCUGCUCGAUCUGCUAGAAAAAUCUGCGAUUGUCGAUUUGAAUCUACUGUGUCGUUUCAAACAUUCUUCUCUAUGAAGUUGGAAAUUUAUGAAGGUGAGAUUGGAGGUUUUGGCGGUGGUUGUAUUAUACACUUACAUGGAACUGGAAGGUGGGACAAAGCUUCUACAUACAUAGAAGCUCAAGCUCUUCUUUCCCUUUCCCUGUGGGACACUGAAGAGUAUAGUCAGCAUCAAAACAGACAUUUUGCAGUUCGUACUUCUGGG